CACCAUCUAAACGCCAUGUUUGUUCUCAUAGUCUUCACCGUCGUCUUUGCCUUCUUCUUAUACCGGAUCUUUGCCCCCAGCGGGAGCCGUCACUCUCUGCCUCUUCCGCCGGGGCCGAAACCUUGGCCUGUAGUAGGGAACUUGCCCCACUUAGGCCCCGUUCCCCACCACUCUCUGGCGGCUUUGGCCCGUCAGUAUGGACCCCUCAUGCACCUCCGCUUGGGGUUUGUUGACGUGGUUGUUGCCGCCUCCGCCUCCGUGGCGUCACAGUUUCUGAAGACCCAUGACGCUAAUUUCUCGAGCCGGCCACCCAACUCCGGCGCCAAGCAUCUCGCUUACAACUACCAGGACUUGGUGUUCGCGCCGUACGGUCCACGGUGGCGGAUGUUGCGGAAGAUCAGCUCCGUCCAUUUGUUCUCAGGCAAGGCUCUGGAUGAUCUUAAACAUGUUCGCCAGGAGGAGGUGGGUGUGCUUGCACAUGGAUUAGCAAGUGCAGGGUCAAGGCCAGUGAACUUGGCGCAGCUACUGAACGUGUGCACGGUGAACGCCCUAGGGCGGGUGAUGGUAGGACGGAGGCUCUUCGGCAACGGCAAGGGCGGCGAAGACCCAAAGGCGGAUGAGUUCAAGUCCAUGGUGGUGGAGAUGAUGGUGUUGGCCGGAGUAUUCAACAUCGGCGACUUCAUCCCCUCCCUAGAGUGGCUGGACUUGCAGGGAGUGGCGGGAAAGAUGAAGAAGCUGCACAAGAGGUUCGAUGCCUUCUUGACCGCCAUUGUUGAAGAGCACAAGAGGAGCCGCGGAGGGAAGCACGUGGACAUGCUGACGACAUUGCUGUCGCUCAAGGAGGAUGCCGACGGUGAGGGCGCCAAGCUCACCGACACUGAGAUUAAAGCUUUGCUAUUGAACAUGUUUACAGCUGGCACUGACACGUCAUCAAGCACAGUGGAAUGGGCCAUAGCAGAACUCCUUCGCCACCCCAAAAUUCUAGCCCAACUCCAACAAGAGCUGGACCAAGUCGUGGGUCGGGACCGGCUUGUAACCGAAUCGGACUUGCCCAACUUGACCUACCUCCAAGCCGUGAUCAAGGAAACCUUCCGGCUCCACCCAUCCACCCCGCUCUCUCUUCCUCGAAUGGCGUCCGAGAGUUGCAAAAUCAACGGAUUCCAUAUUCCCAAAGGCGCCACUCUCUUGGUCAAUGUAUGGGCCAUAUCUCGCGACCCGGCCCAAUGGUCGGAACCACUCGAGUUCAAGCCCGAGAGAUUCCUAUCGGGCGGCGAGAAGCCGACUGUCGACGUUAGGGGGAAUGACUUUGAGGUCAUACCGUUUGGGGCUGGGCGUAGAAUAUGUGCCGGGAUGAGCCUUGGGUUGCGGAUGGUGUCUCUGAUGACUGCAACCCUAGUCCAUGGUUUUGAUUGGACCUUGGCUGAUGGGUUGACCCCUGAGAAGUUGAACAUGGACGAGGCCUAUGGGCUCACCCUACAAAGAGCUGCACCGUUAAUGGUGCACCCGCGUAACAGGCUAGCCCCUCAUGCAUAUAAUGCAUCAUCAUCUUGAAUUCUUGAGAGAGUUAUGUGGUGGUGGUGAUUUUAUGGAAAAUUUGUUGUCUUUGUUACUAGUAUUCACGUUUGGUUUGGAUGUUAAGUUGAAUGAAAUAUUGUUUCUCCAAGAAUUCUACAAGAAAGUUGGUCUAGAA